AUGGGCCCUCCGUGCCGCCGCCUCCUCACGCCGCCGCUGCUGCUGCUGCUGCUGCUGCAGGUCUCCUCGCGGCUCUGCCAGGAGCCCGAGCCCUGUCGUCCCGGCUUCGGCGCCGAGAGCUACACGUUCGCGGUGCCGCGGCGGCACCUGGAGAGAGGCCGCGUGCUGGGCAGAGUGAGUUUUGAAGCAUGCACCGGCCAACCGAGGACCAUCUAUGUUUCUGAUGACACCAGAUUCAGAGUGGGCACGGAUGGGGUGCUGAUUGUCAAACGGCCUUUGCAGCUACAUAAUCCAGAGAUGAGUUUUCAUGUUUCUGCCUGGGACUCCGCCCGCAAGAAGCUCUCCACGAAAGUGACACUGAAGGCAGCAGUGCACGACCACCGCCAACACCACCACCACCAGCACCACCACCAUCAUGACGCUCUCCCUGAAGCCCGGACGGAAGUGCUCACAUUUCCCGACUCCCACCACGGUCUCAGAAGACAGAAGAGGGACUGGGUUAUCCCUCCCAUCUCCUGCCCAGAAAACGAGAAAGGCCCGUUUCCUAAGAAUCUGGUCCAGAUCAAAUCUAACAAAGACAAAGAGACACAGGUUUUCUACAGCAUCACUGGCCAAGGAGCUGACGCCCCCCCUGUCGGUGUGUUUAUUAUUGAAAGAGAGACAGGAUGGCUAAAGGUGACGCAGCCUCUGGAUAGAGAAGCAAUUGCCAAGUACACACUCUUAUCUCACGCCGUGUCUUCCAACGGGGAUGCCAUUGAGGAUCCGAUGGAGAUUGUGAUCACGGUGACAGAUCAGAACGACAACAGGCCCGAGUUCACCCAGGCGGUCUUUGAGGGGUCUGUCAGGGAAGGUGCUCUCCCAGGAACCCCCGUGAUGGAGGUCUCAGCCACAGACGCGGACGACGAAGUGAACACCUACAAUGCUGCCAUCGCUUACAAAAUCAUCAGCCAAGAGCCUAAAGAGCCUCAUGAGCAAAUGUUCACCAUCAACAGGGACACAGGAGUCAUCAGUGUGCUCACUACCGGGCUGGACCGUGAGAGGUUCCCCAACUACUCUCUGGUGAUUGAAGCUGCUGACCUUCAAGGUGAAGGCUUAACAACAACUGCAAAAGCUGUGAUCACGGUCCUUGACAUCAACGACAACCCUCCUAUAUUUGACCCAACCACGUACCAGGGGCAUGUUUAUGAGAAUGAGGCUGAUGCCGUGAUCGCUACGCUCAAAGUGACCGAUGCUGACCUCCCCAGAACCCCGGCAUGGGAGGCCGUGUACACUGUAUUAAACGACAAGGACCAAUUUGUUGUCGAAACAGACCCAGAAACCAACGAUGGCAUCUUAAAAACGAAGAAGGGCUUAGAUUUUGAGACCAAGCAGCAGUACAUUCUCUACGUGUCAGUGAAGAAUAAGAUGGACUUUGAAGUCGCUCUGUCUACUUCCACAGCCACUGUCACCGUGGAUGUGAUGGAUGUGAACGAGGCCCCCAUCUUCAUGCCUCCCCAAAAGAGAGUGGAGGUGUCCGAAGACUUCCCAGUGGGACAGGAAAUCGCAUCUUACACUGCCCAGGAUCCGGACAAGUUCAUGGACCAGAGAAUAACGUAUCGGAUUUGGCGGGAUGCUGCCAACUGGCUGGAGGUUAAUCCGGACACCGGUGCCAUUUCCACUCGGGCUGAGAUGGACAGAGAGGACACGGAGCACGUGAAGAACAACACAUACACGGCCCUCAUUAUAGCUGUAGACAACGGUUCUCCACCUGCUACUGGGACGGGAACCCUUCUCCUGGUCCUUUCCGACGUGAAUGACAACGCCCCUGUGCCGGAACCUCGAACUUUGGAAUUCUGCCAGAGGGACCCACAGCCUCACGUCAUCAACAUCGUUGAUCCAGAUCUUCCCCCCAACACAUCGCCUUACAUAGCAGAACUGACACACGGGGCCAGUGUCAACUGGACCAUUGAGUACAAUGACCCAGGGCGUGAAUCUAUCACUUUGAAGCCAAAGAAAACCUUAGAGUUGGGCGACUACAAAAUAAACCUCAGGCUCGAGGAUAACCAGAACAAAGACCAGGUGACCACCUUAGAAGUUUACGUGUGUGACUGUGAAGGGGCCGUCAGCAGCUGCAAGAGGAACGCAGCCAUUGUCGAAGGUGGACUGCAGCUUCCGGCCAUCCUGGGGAUUCUCGGAGGCAUCCUGGCUUUGCUAAUCCUGAUUCUGCUGCUUCUGCUGUUUGUCCGGAGGAAACGGGUGGUCAAAGAGCCCUUACUGCCCCCGGAAGAUGACACCCGGGACAACGUGUAUUACUACGACGAAGAAGGAGGUGGAGAGGAGGACCAGGACUUUGACCUGAGCCAGUUGCACAGGGGCCUGGAUGCCCGGCCGGAAGUGACUCGCAAUGAUGUGGCGCCAACCCUCCUGAGCAUGCCCCAGUAUCGGCCCCGCCCUGCCAAUCCCGAUGAAAUUGGAAACUUUAUUGAUGAAAAUUUAAAGGCGGCCGACAGCGACCCCACGGCUCCGCCUUACGACUCUCUGCUCGUGUUUGACUACGAAGGAAAUGGUUCCGAAGCUGCUAGUCUGAGCUCCCUGAACUCCUCGGAGUCAGACCAAGACCAGGACUAUGACUACCUGAACGAAUGGGGCAAUCGCUUCAAGAAGCUGGCAGAUAUGUAUGGAGGUGGCGUGGAUGAUUAG